AUGAUUCUUCCUAAAAUAGAUGACCCAAAACCCUCAGGAAAACCUUUACCUAACAAAACUUCCGGUAACUUUGGCAUUACUCCUCAACGCUUGUACCGUCUUUAUUUCAAGGGUUUGGUACGUGAGCACUCAUUGGCGGGAUUUGGAGUUGCAAUUUGCGACCAAUAUGAUAAACUGUUGUUUCAGAUGAAGGGGCCAAUUCAUAGCCCCAAUGUUACUGUUUUGGAGUCUGAGCUUACUGCAUUGCAACGAGGACUAACCGAAGCCGCGACUUUGAGGAUCAAUCACCUCUCAAUCUACUUCGAUUAUCAGCCACUAUACAAAUUAGGGGUGACGAUCCAGGUGCGCAACGAGGACGUUGCGCAUAGUGAGUGGGGUGAGUUGUAA